CAGGGUCAGACCCGCGCAUGCGUGGGAGGAGUCUUGCCCUGGCGUCGGCGUUGCCGAGGUAACCCAAAUCAGCGACUGCAAGCCAUGGCUUCCGGGGCCAGCAGGAGCUGGGGUCGCGUUCCACCACAGCUUGCGGCCACGUCGCCCUCAGUGACCAUCCUGCAGCCCCUACCUUUGAUCGUCUCUGGUCCACCCCCGCAGCAGGGCAGCGUGAAGGAAGAUCUGCUGGAAUUGAUGUCGCUGCAGAACGCGCAGAUGCACCAGUUGCUGCUGAGUCGCCUGGUGGCAGGGGCACUGAGCCCUGAGCCAGACUCCCAAGGUCAGCAGGUCUACCUGGAGGGGCAGCAGGAAGAGCCAGAGGAGGAGAUGUGUAUCCGGCAGGAAGCGCCCUUGGUGUUCCACCACUACUACCUGCCCUACCCAGUGGCCUCCGUGGGCCCCUUGGCCCUCUGGCCAGCGGCUCUCCUUCCUUUCCCCUUGAGCCAACCCUACUCCCAGGCUAUGCCAGGAAUCUGGCAGCAGCCUCCUGCUUCUGGGAAAACGAAGAUGAGAGCUGUGCCGCCACCCCCGCCCCCCAGUGCUACAGAGACCGUGGGUGUAGAUGUGCCGCCAGCUUCAGACUACUAUGAUGCUGAGAGCCUGCUCUGAGGAUGGACGCUCGCAGGGGUCCUCACCAGAUCCAGCGCAGGCCUGAGAAGUGCCCUGUAGUCUCCAGCUGCCUGCUACUGUCUGCUGACGCUGCACCCAUGCUGGCAGCCCUCUUCUCUAGGGGUGGGGAUCCACCCUCUCCGCUCCACUGCCACCCUGAACUGGCCUGGAAGAGAUCCUUCAAGCCUACACAGUGGCCCCAAAGCCGCAUAGCCCUACUCUGUCCCCUGGUUUCCUGCCUAGACCAGCCAAUGCUCCCACACUAUAAGCCCUAGCCUACCUCUGUCCCUUUCUGCUCUGGAACAACAAAAGCUGUGAGGUCACUUUCUGGAUUAAGAAUCAGGCAGGAGGCAAGAGGAAAGGGCUGCUCCUGUUUCUCAAGCUCCUUGAAGCUCCCUUGAGUGGGAGAAGCUGAGUCAGUGCCCUUGGGACCCCACAGGCAGCCCAGGGAGCUGAUCUUGGCAGCCAAUAGAGGCCCAGCUCGGCCCUACUUCUUCCCCAGGAAUGGCCUGAGGUCCCAUGGGGCCAAGUUCCCAAGUGGGAACAGUGUCCUUUGCCCCUCCAGGCCAGGGUGUUUCCUUGCCCUCCCUCAGUAGCACUUAGUGGCCCAGACCAGAAUGAGAGGGGUCAUGUGGUGCCUGGUCUGCUCAGUGACAGUCUUCUGGAGCUGGGCUGGCUGCAGCCCCUGAAGGCUCCUGAGACGAAGAGGACAGGGAGGAGACACAUCUAGGGACAGAAGGCCAUGCCUGUUCUUCCCCUUCCCAGGAGCAGCUGUGGAGGAGACAGGUUAAGUCCAGGUGUUUGUAUUCAGGCUAGAAAAAGAAAUGUCCCCAGAGUCCCAUGCUGCUGUCACAGUCCAUCAGCCAGGCUGGAUCCCAGCUCCGAGGAGCUAUGCUAGAUUCUAGCAGCCACCAUGGGGGCUGCCCCGUGGCUCAUGCGGGCUGCCCCCGGAAGGCCUGGGGCAGCCUCUGCCAGGCAGCCAGUACCCCAUAGAAGCCUGUCUCCCUCCGGCACUGGUGCUUGCCAAUGAUACCGCAGAGCAGGAUGGAUGUCACAAACAAGAACAGCAGAAGUGAUGUGACCGCGACAAUGAUGACCAUCUGGUUGUCCUGCACAGGCUCUGGGGAGGAAAUAGAUGUCUUAGAAGACUCAGGUGCCAGCGUGUGGCAAAGGAUCAGAUGUCUACCCCUCACCCUGCACCCACUUAUUGAUCCUUCAGUCAUCCUGCUUUCCAAGAGGAGUGGCCCAUGGUGUCUGCCUUCAGAGUGCCAGCUAGAAGAAAAGUGGCCCAGGCUGCAGCCACCAGCCAGACCUCUGUGAUAUGGUGAGGGCAGAAGUUCCCUGGGACCAGAAUAUGGUGACCAGACACCGUGACACAGUCCUUCCCCCUCCACAGGCAGAGCAAACAGAGCCCCCCCAGGGCAGGGAACACUUUGGCCAUGGUCAUGGAACACAGGACUUGGGGACCUCUGGGAUAGACAGGCCACACUGUGGAGAGAAGUCAAAGAUGGAAAGCAGGGGUUGCCUUGGUCAAGGUCACACAGCUGGAUAAUGAGCAUGCGGCUAAUUGAGCUCUCAUGACUUCUAGAAUAGUCAGGAUCCAGGGUGAGGGCUUAGCAAAAGAAUCAAGGAAGGAUGGGAGACUUUAGGGUUAAGUGUGCACCCUAACUGGCCUGAGAGUAGCACUCAGGUUUUUUUCUCCUUACAAGAGGCCCAAAAGCCAAUGGGACCCAUCCUCUCCCUGGGAUCUGAUUACCAUAGACCUGGAGGACCUGGGGCUCCGAGAUGCUGCGGAUGAGGUCCCCGCCUCUAGACCUCAGGUCCAGCUCGGCCUGGCAGGAGAAGUUGAGGGGACCGCUGCCUUGCGGAGCAGUGCUGAUGACUGUGGUUGCGGCUUCCAGGGGGACAGGCGCUGCCCCGACAAAGGUCUGGUUGUGCACAGUCUCUUGGCCACGGAACACGGUGAGGGUAAGACUCUCGAGGGGUUCCACAGCAGCCACCCUGCACUCAAUGGUGAAGGAUGUGCCCACGGCCACCCGUGUGGGCUGCAGCUUCAGCAUGACCUGCUUUGGAGGCUCUGCAGGGGAUGGAGGAAAUAGGACUGGGGUGAGCCCUGCAGGUCCCACCCAGCCAGGGCACCUGACACCCGAGGUGAUCCAGCUCCCUAGCUGCCCUUGUGAGGGAGAGAAUGGUCUGGGAUCUGGCCUGCUCUGGUGCAGAGAAGAAAAAGGAGCAGUCCAGGGUGAGGAUGUGCUUGGCGGUAGUUUUAUGGUCAUGAUUUAGAGAAUAGACAAGACCGGUGAAGAAAAGGCUCUGAACUUGUACAACCAACUUGGAAGAUAUAAAAGCUUGGAUCUGUGCGUCUCCCUCCUCUACAGGUAUAUUAAAUACAAAUAUUAAAGGUUAAAACAAUUGGUAAGUCAAGAUCCUGUAUACCCUCACCCCACGCAGGAAAUAUGAAUAAAAUGUAAAUUUGGGGCCUCUUUCUA